GUUCGAUCUUUUAAAGUAAAUUAAUGUUGUCAUUGUCACUCGAUUACAACGAGCUCGAUUACAAAAGUAAAUUUAAACCAAAACUUGUCAGAAUCUAAUAAGUCAUGUUAGCUCUUAUAAUUUAGUUUUUAUAUUUUUAUUCAAUGGAUUGUUUUCAACUAAAAAUAGUUUGCUUUGAUUAAAUUGGAAAAAUGUCUGAGAACGUUGAAGAUAUCAUUGCUAAACAGCAAGCUAUUCUAGAUGAGUAUUUCAGUCUGUUAGGAAAUUUUGCGUAUGACAAAGCAAAAGAAUUUUUGGAAAAAGAACGAGAUGUAGCAGUAAAAAAUCAUGCAGUUGCCCCUUUCUUUAGUUCUGCCUUGUCAGCCUUUGCAGCUUUAGCUCCUGCUGAAAAGAGUUAUUCAAAUUUUAUGUUCCUUGGACCAAAGGGUUUUUUACGAAAGGAUAGUACCUUAAAAUCAACCUAUGAAACCCUUUUAAAUGAGUAUCAAAAACUUGAAGACAAACACUAUAUAACUCCUGUAUCAACACCUACCAUGUCUCCAACAUCAUCCUGUCGAACACCCUCUCCACCCACUGCCCUGCCAUCACCUUCUCCAAUCAGUGCCUGCAGUGAAGUUUCUGGAUCAACUGCUAGUUCUAUAAGUAUUGGUAGCUCAGCACGUGGUAGUGUACACACUUUUCCUACUUACCUUGGGGAAGAUAUUCUGGAAAAUUUAGCUAGUCAUUUAUGUGGACAAUUAUUGAGUUAUGUUAGGGCACGCUUGAAGACAAUGGAGUUUUAUGAAAAAAUGCAUUCCAUGAGUUCAACUAGAUUUAUGAAGUUUGAACAGCUAUUAGCGAUGAUAUCAGAUAUUGUAAAAUCAAAUCAGAAACUUUUCCAUCAUCCUAUGUUAUCACCACUAAAGUCCUCUUUUAGCUCUGAAUGUGAGAUUUUGGUGAAAUUACUUGAAGCUGAAAUACACAUGCAAAACUGGAGAUUUUUGCCUUCACUGUUGUGCUUGCAUGAUGCUCAUUCAAAAUUAGGUGCCUGGCUCUCAUUACCGAAAGAUGUGAAAAAGUCAUCUAGCUUUUUUAAACCAGCACCUCCUCCUCUUCUAUACAAUUGGUUGAGAACUUUGAAAUCUGCUCUAGUCUCAAAAUUCACAUUAUAUUUUCAUGAAAAUUUAAGCAAGCAAACUACUCCUCCGGAAAUGAAAAGUUUUUGUUCCAAAGCUUCUGUCGACUAUUUCUCCAAGAUUAUGACAUUUCAAAAACGUUAUGAUGUUGCCUGUUUAGCCAUCGUUCUUGAUACAAAUGGUCUUGAGGGAUAUGCUGGUCAUGGAUACACCUGUCCUGGUAAACAUUAUGAAGCACCCAAAGGGCUUGAUUCAUUUCCAACAAUAGUUUCUUAUCCUCCAAAUUUUUUCUCUCAAGAAAAACAUUCUUGUCAUUGGCCAAGUGUUGUAAUGAUCAUGAAUAACAAAGAACAAGAUAUUAGAAACACUGAUACUGCUGUCUCAUUUUAUGAUCUUAGGAUGAAUGCAACAUACUUCAUGUCUAAAAUUGAAGCAAGAAUGACACUAGUUGUAAUUUUCGAAAGUAAAAAAACAGACAGAGACACUCAUAUCCAUAGGUUUAUGCACGGUAUCUGCACUCAAUUGAGAGGAAACAAAUUAUUUUCAAGUUUGAAGCCUGGUUCUAAAUAAUCUACUCCAAACAUUUCUUGUGGCAUUGAUUUGUUGAUUCAAAUUUUAUAUCGAAAUUUAUAAUCACUUUUGAUAUAUAUAAAUGUAUAUUUAUGUUGUAUGGUUUAAA